UCAUGCAGCAGAUACAUGAGCGCGCUUGCCGCGCGUGUCUGACCGGCUUGAGCCAGAAUAUAUUAAAACAAACCGCAGUGGAAACGACAGUGUAGAAGAAGGAGGCAUUAGUGUAGAGUAGCAGCAAAUACCGGCACAGUAUAUAUAAAUAUACAUAUAGGGCAGGAACCCUGUUGUUUUAUUUUAUUUUUUCAUAUAUUUGUUUGUUUUUGUAAAAUGUAUUAUUUUUUUUAAAUAUUGCGCUCCUUUUUAACCGAGUUAGAAUUUAAACAGAAAAAAAGCUUCCGGUAGCAGGUUGAGGUUUUAGGGUUCUAAAAUACGAGUUUACUUGUGUUGUAACCAAUUUUACUGCUUUUCGUAGCCUUGUUUCACUUUCUGAAGAGGAACCAGAACAGAGAAGAUGGGGUCUGUAGACAGGCUAAAGGGGUGCCUCGGAGCCAAUGUCUACACGGAAGUGCCAGACGGGGGCUGGGGCUGGGUUGUGGCACUGGCCUUCUUCUUUGUGGAAGUAUUCACAUACGGAAUAAUCAAAAGCUUUGGGAUAUUCUUCCAGGACCUGAUGAUCCAUUUCAAUGAGUCCAACAGCAGGGUGUCCUGGAUAAUCUCCAUAUGUGUCUUUGUCAUGACCUUUACAGCUCCCCUGUCUUCAGUGUCAAGCACCCGUUUUGGUCAUCGCCCUGUCGUCAUGGUGGGAGGAGCCCUGAUCAGUCUUGGAAUGAUUUCAUCUGCAUUCGUAAACUCGGUUGAGCAAAUGUACAUCACUGUGGGAGUCGUUUCAGGCCUGGGAUACUGCCUCGCCUUCCUGCCUACUGUCACCAUCCUCUCCCAAUACUUCCAAAAGCGCCGAUCCCUCGUCACCGCUAUCGCCUCUACUGGAGAAUGCUUCUCGGUUUUUGUUUUUGCACCAGCCUUUACUGCUCUGAAGGAUUACAGUGGCUGGAGAUGCUGUCUAAUAGUGAUGGGAGUGUUUCAGUCCACAAUCAUUCUCUGUGGGGCUCUACUGCGGCCAAUAGUCAUCCAGACCAAGCAAGAGGUGGUGCAUAAAACUCAGAUUAAACAGAUAGAGACCAAAUACAUGCUUGACAAUGAGCAGACACACACAUCAAUCGACUCGGUAGACUCAGGUGUUCAGUCUUUAUCUACCUCAUGCACCAACAUUGCUGGACGCAGCAAAGAGGAGGAGAUGGAAAUGGAAAAGAAGGAAGAGGAGACGGGAAUGCUUCCCGGAGCCUCGAUGGAGAAGGAAGAGCCCUCAACCCCACCUCUGAGAAACAAGCUGCUGGAUUUCUCGGUGCUCAAGGACUGCAGUUUUAUUUGUUACGCACUGUUCGGGCUGUUUGCCACUCUGGGAUUCUUUGCGCCCCAGCUGUACGUUAUUCCUCUCAGCAUCAGUCUGGGCAUUGGUAAGGACCGGGCAGCCUACAUGUUGUCUGCCAUGGCUGUGGCAGAGAUCUUUGGCAGGAUCUCAAUGGGCUGGAUGCUCAACAAGAAGCCCAUCCGGAAGAUCUACAUUGAGCUGAUCUGUGUGCUGCUGCUCUGCCUGGUGCUGGUAGUCUUCCCCUUUGUCUGUGAGUUCUGGGGGCUCAUGGUCUGCUGCGUGCUGUACGGCUUCAUGCUGGGCACAGUAGCCGCCUCACACAUCCCCAUGCUGGCAGAGGAUGAUGUGUUGGGAAUUGAGAAGAUGCCGUCUGCAGUGGGAGUGUACAUCUUCAUCCAGAGCUUUGCAGGGCUGGCUGGUCCACCCCUGGGAGGUUUUUUGGUAGACCUCACAGAAGAUUAUGGUGCUGCUUUCUAUUCCUGUGCUGCUGGGAUGGGAGUGGGAGCCCUUUUCUUGGCUCUGGUACGACCUGCAAAGACUGGCCUUUGUAACAGGAGGAAGAAACAGCAGCAAAGCUCCAAGGCUCCAAGCUGUGAAAAUAUAACUGAGGAUAACAAAAUUGUUGUGGAGGUUCCAGAUGAUUUCCUUGAUGUUGAUAUUGUUGCGGAAGACAGCAUUUUCAAAAGCAAGUCAGGAGACAGCGCAGCCAGAGCGAGAUCAAUUUAAAGAGAGAAAAAAAGGGACACACAAACAGACCUCGCACCACGAAGCUAAUGCCCAAUAUCACAAGCAGUUGCCUUUAUGUUCUGCAUGCUUCUAAUGUACUGGAAGUAAAUAAUUAAGUUAACCCUGCUUAUUUAAGAAAAUGAAAAGGUGUGAAAAAAGAAAUUUUUACACCAGUUGCACAAUCUAGUAAUUCUGAAUGACACUCAAUUUGUAUAACAAGUACAGAAUAGAGUUAUUUUUAUUUUUUAUUUGAAAAAAAAAAAAAAAAAAGCAUUUCGGCCCUUUUUGCGCCAUUCCUUAUUCCAUGUAGACCAUGACAUUUCUGGUGUUAGGGAACAGAAGUCAAAUAUUUUUUUCCCAUGAGCGCUUCAAUUUUAAUAGUUUACAUACCAAAUGUGUAUAUGUAACUAAUCAGAACACCAAAUCAGAAGAAAUCCUAAUGCUAUGUUGCUGGGAAAAUUCUGUUGUAUUCGGGAGUGAUACAACUGGUUUCUGUUACAUGUUACAUUCAAAUAAUAGUGCAAGUUUUCCAGCAGGACUGGACUAAAUCCUCUUGAUUGUGCUUAUGUAGUGGCCCAUAUUCAGCAAAGGUACUAUGACUAUCUAUGAGCAAGGUUAGUAAGUAUAACUUUUCGUAGGGCAACAAAGUUUUAACAAAUGUAAACAGGGAAUCUUUAUAAAGAAUAAUACAGCUCCUGAGGGCAUCUAUUAUUAUUAUUUGUUUAUUUAGCAGACGCCUUUAUCCAAGGCAACUUACAGAGACUAGGGUGUGUGAACUAUGCAUCAGCUGCAGAGUCACUUACAAUUACGUCUCACCCAAAAGACGGAGCACAAGGAGUUUAAGUGACUUGCUCAGGGUCACACAAUGUGUCCGUGGCUGAGGUGAGAUUUGAACCGGGGACCUCCUGGUUACAAGCCCUUUUCUUUAACCACUGGACCACACAGCCUCCUUCAUCUAGGGGUUCUUUAUUUUUUUAAAUCAUCUAUUAAGUUUAGAUUGGUACAGGAAAAGCAGGAUCUUAUGAGCAGUUAAGCAAAGGAAAAAGAGGGCCUGGACCAAAGCAAGAAACCAGAACAUUAGCAGAUAAAACUUCACCACUAACAAAAUACAUAAACAAACACUGUGUGCAAAUGCAAUUCAAAAGGCAAAACCGUCAUGUGAGUAGUACAUUUUUGUUUUAGAAAACAAAUGGGCUUGCCUUUUGACUGUUUUCUGUUGGGACUGAAACUAGUUUUAAUCAAUCAAUCUUUAUUUUACAUAGUGCCUUUCAUAGUGGACCACCAUCACAAAGCGUUUCAUGUUCUUCAGGGUUGUGCAGAGUAGUUUACCUGGUCUGGAACCCAUAUAGCCUCAAGCUAUAGUCUGUUGUCGGCUUGUGGAAAGAUUAGUUUACAUUAUAUUUGCAUUGAUUAGACAGUAGUACAGUCUGUCUGUAUCAAUGUGUUGCAAUCUCACUGGAAUAUUUAUUUUAAACCUUACUUAAUUGUAGCUAAUUUAUUCUUUUACAAUUUAAAUUGUUCUAGCUUCUUUGUGUAAUGGUCUCUUCUGUGUUUUAUACAUAUAUAUAUAUAUAUAUAUAUAUAUAUAUAUAUAUAUAUAUAUAUAUAUAUAUAUAUAUAUAUAUAUAUGUUAGCAAAUAACCUACACCCAUGCGUAACAAUGUUUCUAGAAUUCUGUAUCUUUCUUCUAGUCUUGUUGAUUGUUAAACAAGUACUACUAUGCCAUGAAAACAAAAACACAACACUGUAUACCAUAGUACUCUACAUCAAAAUGCACUUCUACCUUUUUUAAAAACAGCUGUAGGCAAUCCACUGAAAGUUUCUUUGAAACAUUAGUAUUGUUUUAGUGUUUUUUGUUUACCGGUUUGUUUAUCAGGAUGAAUAGGUGUAACGAAUGAGUCUGCAUUUUGCAGAUGUAGAUACAUGUCAAUAUUUUCUUUUCUUUUUUCAAGUUAAAGGAAUGUAAAACAGAAAAUCUAUUCCUAGAUUUGGAAUAAUGCUGUAAUGUUAUCUACUGAGAAAGAAUAAACAAAAUCCAAACUGUU